GGCAACAUUGGGCAUGAUCCACAUGUAAUGUAUACCCUAAGUGUUGUGCAAGUUUUAGCCCUCUUUGACAAGCUUGAUGUUCUAGACGUUGAGAAGGAGUCAAAUUGUAUCCUUUUUACCAUUUGUUUAUGUUAAAAUUACUUUUACACAAGUUUGAAAAGAAAUCUUCUUUCAUCUUAUUACAAAUGUUUUAUUUUAGUCCAUGGUUAAUUUUUCAUUUUCUUGAUAGAGAACAACUUGUUGACAUGCUUGGUAGCUGAGAAAAUAUGGGAAGAAGGAAUCAUUUUCAGACUCUACACAUGGGAUAUUGUAUCUUUCUAUUGGUGUGAUGUUCAUCCCUUUUCUCACCCCAUUUUUCUGGACUUAAAGGGGCAUUUUGAAGAUGUUGAAAAGCCACUGCCUUUACCCUCUAAAGCACCUUGAGAAAAAAAGGAGCUGGAUGAGAAUAAGAGCAAAAAGGGUCUGGCUGAAAUUUAUGAGGAUGCACCGUUUGUGUUCUUUUCCCAGGAGGGGAAAGAGGAAAGAAAGCAUAAAAAAAAGCUUUGGAGCUUAUUUAAUCUUUGAACUGGAUAUGUUUCAGCAUAUAAGCCAAGUUCAUGAGAUUGUGGGACGCAUUAAUGGGAGAUUUGGAACUCUUACUGCUGUUCCCAUACACCAUCUGGACCAAUCUCUUGACUUUCACGCAUUGUGCGCUCUGUAUGCUGUUAUUGAUGUUGCACUUGUUACUUCUCUUAGAGAUGGAAUGAAUCUUGUGAGUUAUGAGUUUGUUGCUUGCCAAGCAUUCAAGAAAGGAGUCCUUAUUCUGAGUGAGUUUGCAGGUGCAGCACAAUCGCUCGGUGCUGGUGCCAUUUUAGUAAAUCCAUGGAAUAUCACAGAAGUUGCUGCUUCCAUUGCUUAUGCUUUGAAUAUGCCAGCUGAUGAAAGAGAAAAGAGACAUCAACAUAAUUUCAUGCAUGUAACAACUCAUACAUCUCAAGAAUGGGCUGCAACCUUUGUUAGUGAACUUAAUGAUACUAUUGUGGAAGCUCAACUGAGGACUAGGCAAGUUCCACCUCUACUUCCUAUGAAAGAAGCCGUUGAUCACUAUUUGGAAUCCAAUAAUAGAUGAUUCUUAGUUUAUUUACAUUAAUUUACUAAGGAAUGAACUUUAUGAAGUUUUUUUUUUUAUUUUGGUAGGGGUAACCUUAAAAUGACAACUUUAUGACUUAUUUUAGUAUUGAACAUUAUAAAGAAUUUUAGCAUUAUUAAACAAUU